UUCGCGGGGCUGGACGGCGUGUGACGUCGGAGCUGGGAGGGGGUGGAGCGGGCAGUAAACAGCGAAUGCAGGACCCGCUGCGCGGGAGUCAGCCAUGGACUGGAAAGAAGUGCUUCGCCGGCGGCUAGCGACGCCCGACACCGGUCCAAACAAAAAAAAAAGUGAACAAGAAUUAAAAGAUGAAGAAAUGGAUUUAUUUACCAAAUACUACUCAGAAUGGAAAGGAGGUAGAAAAAACACAAAUGAAUUCUAUAAGACCAUUCCCCGGUUUUAUUAUAGGCUGCCAGCUGAAGAUGAAGUCUUACUGCAGAAAUUGAGAGAGGAAUCCAGAGCCGUCUUCCUGCAAAGGAAAAGCAGAGAACUGCUGGAUAAUGAAGAAUUACAGAACUUAUGGUUUUUGUUGGACAAGCACCAGACACCACCUGUGAUUGGAGAGGAAGCAAUGAUUAAUUACGAAAAUUUUUUGAAGGUUGGUGAAAAAGCUGGACCAAAGUGCAAGCAAUUUUUCACAGCAAAAGUCUUUGCUAAACUCCUUCACACAGAUUCUUACGGAAGAAUUUCCAUCAUGCAGUUCUUUAAUUAUGUCAUGAGAAAAGUUUGGCUUCAUCAAACAAGAAUAGGACUCAGUUUAUAUGAUGUUGCUGGACAAGGGUAUCUUCGGGAAUCAGAUUUAGAAAACUACAUAUUGGAGCUUAUCCCGACUUUGCCACAAUUAGAUGGGCUGGAAAAAUCUUUUUAUUCUUUUUAUGUUUGUACAGCAGUUAGGAAGUUCUUCUUCUUUUUAGACCCUCUAAGAACAGGGAAGAUAAAAAUUCAAGAUAUUUUAGCAUGCAGCUUCCUAGAUGAUUUAUUGGAGUUAAGGGAUGAGGAACUGUCCAAGGAGAGUCAAGAAACAAAUUGGUUUUCUGCUCCUUCUGCCCUAAGGGUUUAUGGCCAGUAUUUGAAUCUUGAUAAGGAUCACAAUGGCAUGCUCAGUAAAGAAGAACUCUCCCGCUACGGAACAGCAACUAUGACCAACGUCUUCUUAGACCGUGUUUUCCAGGAGUGUCUCACUUAUGAUGGAGAAAUGGACUAUAAGACCUACCUGGAUUUUGUUCUUGCAUUAGAAAACAGAAAAGAACCUGCAGCUCUGCAGUAUAUCUUCAAAUUGCUUGAUAUUGAGAACAAGGGAUAUCUCAAUGUCUUUUCCCUUAAUUAUUUCUUUAGGGCCAUACAGGAACUAAUGAAAAUCCAUGGACAAGAUCCUGUUUCAUUUCAAGACGUCAAGGAUGAAAUCUUUGACAUGGUAAAACCAAAGGAUCCUUUGAAAAUCUCUCUUCAGGAUUUAAUCAACAGUAAUCAAGGAGACACAGUCACCACCAUUCUAAUCGAUCUGAAUGGCUUCUGGACUUAUGAGAACAGAGAAGCCCUUGUUGCAAACGACAGUGAAAACUCUACAGACCUUGAUGAGACAUGAUCUCUCAAAGACUAGACUGUAUUCAUUAUGAUAAACUUGAAUCCUGCAUGUAAAACCUGAGGCAGAAUCCUUAGAAAUGGUCUAAAUAAAAUAGUUCCUAUGCCUAUAGAACACAGCAAA